AUGAACGCAGAACCUGUCCAACAACACCAACUCCUUUCUCAUCCCUACAUUAACGGCAGUACGAUCCCAAACUACAUCGGAAAGGACGUAACUCUCAUCGGAAACUGUGCCUCUGAUGUUAACGGAGACACUUUUGCUGUGCUUGCUAGUGACUCAUCAAUGAUCACUGUUUACUCGAACAACAUCUUUAAUGCCACUAUGGACGAAUUGGUGAUGGUCAGAGGACAAGUUGAGAGUGUUGGAGAUGGCUCAUUUGCUAUCCGAGCAAAUUAUAUUCACAGAAUUCCUUCAUCUCAAGUUUUUGACAGGAAUGUAUUUAAUGAGUUUAUCAAUUUGGCAGAAACGAGUUUCAGACAUCUUUUUUAUGAAUAG